UGACAGCAAGUGUCAACAGCUGUAAACUGUUAAAAAGUAUUUAAUUGAUUUAUUAUUUUAAAUUAACCAAAUAAAUUAUGUUACUAUAAGCUAAAACAAGUGAUACUUAUUCGUCAUGUUUUCAUUGGGAAGACACCGCGUCUUAUAUAAGUGUCUCAAGAUAUUGAGGUUAAGUUUUUCGGAUUUCUGUAGCCUACCUGAUAUAAAGAAAUUAAAUGUAGUCAGAACGGUAGAGAAGACAAUAGAUAAUAACACGAGUAUUUUCAUCGAGAGUCCUAUUCAUGUUAAGGUGCAACCUAUAGACGUAAACGAUGUCGAAGCUCAUAAUAAGUUGACUAUGACAUUAUACAGUGAGGGUAAAGACGCAAGUGAUUUCCAAGUGAAACAGACCUCCAAACGAUUAGAGUUGCUCAAUAAAAACACUUCGUCCGAUAGGAAUGAUGUUUGUAUCAUUCAAGUACCAUAUAAACUUAAUGUCCAGGUCACAACCACUGAGUGCGCCUCUGUGUUUUUGUCAAAACUAGAAGGAGAGGAGUUUGUUGUUCAUACUGAACGAGGCACGGUAAAUGUUGCAGAUAUAAAAGCCAAUAACAUCAAAGUAGAUAGUAAGGAGGGACCUGUGAACACUAACGGUAGACUUCAAGCUUCGACCAUUGAACUGAAGACUGGUUUAAGUUCGGGUAUAAGCUGUAAUAAUAUAAUGGCGAAUUCAUUUAAUGUGACAACACAUGCUGGUCCAAUCGCUGUUAAGUCUUGUUAUAGUAAUAAAUCCCAUUUUAUUACACUUAUGGGCAACAUUCGUUUGGACCAUUUGCACAGAUCUGUAAUGAUUGAUGUGAUAAAGAGUGGCAACCUUUAUAUAACAGGUUUCUCUGGUAAUUUACAAGCGUCAUUGAAGAGUGGUGAUGUGUUUAUGCAUGCAUCGCAAUUAACAGAGAAGAGUAGUAUUUUUAUACAUGAGAAAGGUAAAGUUGAAUUGCUCAUACCGGACAUUAUUAACAAUCUGCCAGCUACCAACUUAAUUGCAGAGAAGAUAACUGUAGAUGACAAGAUAAUGAAGCUAGGAAGGUUUAUGGAUGACUCUCAUCCUAAACGGUUCAGGUUUGAAAAGGAACCACAGAAUGAAUUACAUAUAGUUUGUAAGAAUGGUUCCAUUGAAUUAAAGGAGACAAACUUACCUUUCAUUGUGUAAUAUUUUUUAAUGGAAGGUAAAUUAAGUGAUGUAUUUAUUUGUAUUUAACUAUGGUAUAUAAAUAUUUUCUUAUUUAUGAGUUUUUUCAUUGCUUUAACAUAAUAAUGUAUCUUUCAAGCAAUGCUUGAAAACCUCUUUUUUUCAGACAGUUAAAAUUAGGAACAUUUAUUGUCAUAAAAAUGUGUGCACAUUUUCCAAUUGUGGAUGGUCAAAUAUUUUUUUUUUUGAAUCCCUUAGUCUCCUCUGGACCUGCCAAUGUGUUAUUAGUAUUUUAGUAAUUCCAUGUAGUUCCUAGAUGACUGUUUAGUUUAGUUUUGUGAUAUUGAUAUUCCUAGUCUUCUUUAUUAGACUCAUUAUUUAUCUAUGAGUAUUAGGGCCUGUCCCACCAAAUUGUAAAUUGUCUGAUAACAAUCUAUUGUGUAGAAUGUGUGAUGGAAACAUCGUAUUUUGUUACCUUAUCUGAUAGUGACGUCAUUUUUAAUCUAUCUAUUUAUCAGCUAGUGGUAGGACAGGCCCUUAAUGUUAUAAAUGUGUGGUAAAUCUAUAAAAGUGUUAACUAAAACUAUAUUGUAUCAUAGUAGUAACCAUGGCCUUCUGCUGUCAAAAUAUUUGUUCGAAAACAUAGCUAUCUCUUUCAUUUUCUGUAAUAAGAAAAAUGUGAUAUGUUUUCAUACAAUUGGUGGAUUUUCAUGGUUUACAGUUUAAAGUAUACUACUAUACUAUUAAUUUUUUUUCUUAUUUUUGAGUAAAGUAUAUUAAGUUUCAAUGUAUAUUUUUGUCCAUCUAUGUUGCAAAGCAUUUAAAGUAUUUGUUUAAUAUCUACUUUUAUAAGGAAAUAUUUAAUAAUAAUUAAUUUAAUUGGAAGUGUUCAAAAACAAUGUCAUAGGACAUAUUUUAAACUGAUUUUUUUUUUGGUAAGUUGUGUAACAGGAAACAUCUUAAAUUAUAUAAAAAUGCACAAAACUAAGUAUAUUUUCUAGUGGUAUUAUUUUCUGGUGAUGUAAAUAUCUCUAAAAGGUUUUGUCUAUUAAUUUUUGUCAUUGGUAUCGGCAAAGGUUUGGUUAAAGUUGGAUUAUAUUUGGAUAAAGUUGAAUAUGAUGACAUAAUGAAAAAAUAUAUCAAAAACAAAUGUGGUUUAUUGCAUACAAUGUUGACUAAUAAAGUUAUCCAAAAGUAUUAUCGUUUUAUAUUUCCCUACCAUUUUUUAAAUUGAAUGUGGCUACAAGGGAAGAGGAAGACCGAAGAAAGUAUGGAUGGA